AUGCUCAAACCACACAGCUGGCCCCGGAUAUCCCUGGGAUCCUCAAACCCUAAUACAUAUAUCUCCCUUUAUACAUCACUCCUACCAAACCGCCCCUUUACCACAACACCCAUCCUCCCCGCCAAACCCCUCCCACCCCGACUCAAGAUCAACGAUGCCGACCUGACAAUAUCCUACCUAAAAGGCACCGGACCCGGUGGCCAGAAGAUUAACAAAACCAACUCCGCCGUUCAAAUCAUCCACGCACCCUCCGGCAUCGUCGUAAAAUGUCAAGCAACGCGAUCACGCUCGCAAAACGAGAAGAUUGCGCGAUCACUGUUGGCGGAUAAAGUUGAGGCACAGGAAAAGGGUGAUCAGAGUCGUGUGGCGCUCAAAGCUGAGGCGGCGAGGAAGAAGAAGGCUAGUAAAGUGAAGAAGGCGAGGAGGAAGUAUCGGGAUUUGGAUUUGGAGAAGGGGGGUGAAGAGGGAGCAAGUGGGGAUUUGGAGGGGGAGGAAGUGGAUGUGGAAGGAGAGGAUGGAGACGUGAAUGUUGAAGAACGGAAAGCCGAGAAUGGCUCGUCAGAGAAAGGUCUGUCGACGUGA